ACUUUGAUCUUGAUUCAAUUCAUUUUGACGGCCGAUUUUCGACAGAAUUUUUAUUCAAUUUGCUUGAGAUGCAAAUUCUGAACCAAACUUUUUUUCGAUUGUGUUGAAUUGACAGUAUAAAACGAACAAAAUUUAGUUGAUGAACGGCAAAUAAGAGAUAAAUGACUACAUUACGGUGUUAUUGUCAAUCAUCAAAUAAAUAGCAGCAAUAAAAACAAGGCAUUUGUUGUUGUUGGUGUGUGCGACACAAAGUCGGGGAUAGGCAUAGUGAAAAUGGCCUUUUUUAAUCUAUUGCGAAGGCAAAUUGCACCCGUUGGCUUAGUAGUUACCACAAAUCUAAAUAAUAUGCAUCGACGCUUCAUGUCGCGAUUGCGUAAGUAUUUCGUGAAAUGUCUCUUUCUAUGGUGUAUGUGUAUGUUCGAAUGGAAAUGCCUCAACCGAAACAGUAUUAACCGCUGGGAGCCAAAAUCAACAGAAAAAGUGACUUUCACAUUUGAAUCGGUGCCAAAAUUUGUGGAUUCGUUGUUGUUUCUUUUUUGUCGUAGAAUAAAUCGUUUUGUGUCGAAAUAAAUCACCCAUUCGAUUGACUUCUGAAUUGUAAAUAAAUCAAUCGGCAUUCACCGCAUGAAGUGAUUCCAAAUGCGCCAUUCAUAAAAUAAAAACUGCAACUGUGGAAAAACGUUUUAUCGAUAUUACGUUAAUUUGUAAGGUGCACGUUUGAUGAUAAUUCGUGCAUAUAUCAAGUACAUCGUUGAACGGUAAAAACUCAAUACGAAUCCACCCGCGAAUCACACAAAAUAGAUUGACGCAAAACUAACCUAUAAAUUUUUUGCGAUUCAUUCUUACACCGCACCACUGUUAUCAUACCGAAUGACAAGCAAAUGAAUUGCUUCUGAUAAAAAAAUUUGUGUGUGGAAGACCCACAAUUGAAUGUUCAAAGUGGUUUUUUUUACUGAUGACAAGUGCCAAGAGUAAAACGUCAACGUUUACAACAUAAAUUACGUCAAAAAAACCGCACUCACAAUAAAAUGUUUAAUUGGCAUAAUCAAAACGAGUUUAGAUCGUGAUUGCCUUUAAUGAGUAUAUUCACCGUUGAUUCAACACGCUGCUGCAUUUCUGUCAUGGAUGUUGUAUCGGUUCGAGAUAAGAAAUCCGAUAUCAUUAAUGCACUCACUUGUGUAUGUACAUGUACGAUGGUUAUUUUAUCGCAGCACGAUUUCUUUAGCUUAAUCAUCCCAAGUUGGAUAUAAACCGCCCCAGUUGAAGUGAUGAAUGUGUGGCUCAAACGGUUUUUGUUCGGAACGCUCUUAUCAUUCGCGCCCAUUCUAUUGCUUAGACAGUAUUUCGUGUUUUACAAAAUGAGCGAGGAAAACUUUGAGUACGACUUGGUCGUGAUUGGAGGCGGUUCAGGCGGUUUGGCAGCUGCCAAAGAAGCCGUUGCUCAUGGCGCCAAAGUGGCUGUGCUAGACUUUGUUAAGCCAACACCAAAAGGAACCAAAUGGGGCUUAGGAGGAACCUGUGUCAAUGUUGGCUGCAUCCCAAAGAAAUUGAUGCAUCAAGCAGCUUUGUUGGGCGAAGCAGUUCAUGAAGCCGCCGCCUACGGAUGGAACGUUGAUAAGGAUAAUUUGAAAUUGGACUGGAGCGUUCUGCGACAAAACGUCGAAAAUCAUAUCAAAUCAGUUAAUUGGGUGACUCGUGUCGAUUUGCGUGACAAAAAAGUCGAAUAUAUCAACGGUUUGGGCUAUUUCAAGGAUAAGAACACCGUUGUUGCUGUUAUGAAAAAUCAAACUGAAAAAGUUCUGACCACAAAAUACGUUUUGAUCGCUGUUGGUGGUCGACCAAACUAUCCAGACAUUCCAGGAGCCAUCGAGCAUGGAAUUACCAGUGAUGACGUUUUCAGCUUGAAAAACGAACCCGGCAAAACAUUAGUCGUUGGAGCCAGUUAUAUCGCUUUGGAAUGUGCUGGUUUCCUGAAUGCUUUCGGCUAUGACACCACCGUUAUGGUUCGUUCUAUCUUUUUGCGUGGAUUCGAUCAACAAAUGGCUGAAAUGGUUGCUGCCGCCUCAGCUGAAAAGGGAGUAAAGUUCAUCAACAAAGCAGUACCAAGUGCCGUUGAAAAAACUGAAGAUGGCCGCUUGUUGGUGCGUUAUUCAAAUGCCGAAGGUCAACAAGGAUCCGAUGUAUACGAUACCGUUUUGUUUGCCAUCGGCCGUAAGGCAUGCACAGAUGAUUUGCAAUUGCAAGCAGCUGGUGUUAAAUUAGCGCCAGGAUCACACAAAAUCGCGGUUGAUGACGAAGAACGAACUAAUGUUGAAAAUAUUUUCGCUGUUGGCGAUGUACUAGCAGGCAAACCAGAAUUAACGCCGGUUGCAAUUCAUGCUGGUCGCUUGAUUGCUCGUCGUUUGUUCGCCGGUGCAACACAGAAGAUGGACUACGCUGAUGUUGCUACCACAGUAUUCUCACCACUGGAAUAUGGUUGCGUUGGCUUAAGCGAAGAAGCAGCUGUUGCCAAAUUCGGCGAAGACAACGUGGAAGUUUACCAUGCGUAUUACAAACCAACUGAGUUCUUUAUCCCACAGAAGAGCGUUCGAUACUGUUACCUGAAAGCAGUGGCAUUCCGCAGUGGUGAUCAAAAGGUCGUAGGUUUACAUUAUAUUGGACCAGUUGCCGGUGAAGUGAUUCAAGGAUUUGGCGCUGCUGUUAAGGCUGGUUUGACGAUCAAAACACUAUUGAACACCGUUGGAAUUCAUCCAACCACAGCCGAAGAAUUUACACGCUUGAGCAUCACAAAGCGGUCCGGUUUGGACCCAACUCCAGCCACAUGCUGCUCUUAAACUCAUCCAGUAAUUUAGGGAAUGGAUCACCUUUUUUGCUCAUAGCAACCAAAAUAACAAUAGAAAUUCUUUACAUUCGAUUAUUCAAACACAGAAAAAUUAACACAAAUUUUGUUUAGAGAUAUUCAAGCAGUUGAAAAGUUGUUUGUUUUUUUUUUACUUGAAUGAUUUCGAUGGUAUCAAGUACUUACGCAAGCUAAAAUCAGGCAAAAUUUUCGUUUUCUAUAGAUUUUAUAUGAUUUCAAAAUAAAAACCACAUAAUUUACAAA